GCCGCCCUUGGUCCCUAACUCCCCUUCGCGCUCCCCGCGAUCGUCCUCUGUCACCCUCGCCCUUCGUCUUGCACGACGUCGCACCUCUGUUCAUCUCGUGAGUCACUGGCUCCUCACCUUUUUUCUUUUAGUCCAUACCUGUCACCAUACUCUAACUUGUGUUGAGUGUCUAUCAACGAUGUAUCUUCAGUUUUACAUAAACGACAAUGGUGAUAAAGUCUACACCACAAAGAAGGAAUCUCCUCUAGGUUUGGCUACACAAUCUGCUCAUCCAGCUCGUUUCUCCCCCGAUGACAAAUAUUCGAGGCAAAGAGUUCUUCUUAAGAAGCGAUUUGGCUUGCUUCCUACACAGCAGCCACCUCCAAAGUACUGAACUCAACGCACUCUCAAAUUACAAUUCUAUGGCAGUUCUCAAGUGUGUUUGUUUCCCAAACCCCCAUCAAUAGUUAGAUCGUGACUUUGUUAAACUUUGAUAGAUAGUUUGCCUUUUCUUUCUGUGGCUUGUAAUUGAGCUGUAAAGCACAAUUCACUGUUGAACCUUUCUUUAAGCUUGUCAAUGGCUUUAUGUUUAUAUUGAACUUUAUUUUACUGAAAGCAAACUUAUCUACUUUGAAGAUCUGGUUUUAAUGCAAGAUAAUGGGCCUUUUUCAUA